AUGGCUCUUGUCGACUACUCGUCGUCAUCAUCAGGGGGUUCCGAUAGCGAGAAUCCAGAGGCGCUGCCGGCACCACCGGCCAAACGGCGUAGGCGGGAUGGCUCCGGGGCUCAGCCCAGCCCUCCGAGCGCUCCGUCAGGGUCCGAAUCCAGCCUGCCACCCCUGCCUCCAGCAUUCCACGACCUGUAUGCGUCCACGGUCCGUCACAGCGUUGUAGAUGAUCCGGCGCUGCAUCAGGGCCGCACGAGGCUGAUUCCUCAUGUUGUGGGCAACUGGCCCAGUCAUCUCUACGUCGAGUGGCAUCCAUUGGCUAAGCAGCAGGAGAAGCUGAUUCAGUUGAUAAGCAGAGUCAAUGAGGACAUUGGCCAAAUCAAGCUGCACAGCUUCAUGACAAGCGAUUUGGGGACACCAUUGCCGCUUCACAUAAGCUUGUCGAGGCCUAUUUCCCUAACCACCUCCAAUAAGGACCAGUUCCUUGACCAGAUCUCAUCUGCCAUCAACACGAGUAACGUGCACCAGUUUUCAGUCAGCCCUAAAAGAUUGAUAUGGUUUAAAUCACCCGAUUCAAACCGCACGUUUCUUGUCCUCCAGGUAGCAGGCUCUUUGGCCGCAGAGAGCGCUACAACAUUGUCAAAUCCAGAGCUUAUGCGCUUGUUGAAAACAUGCAACGACACAGUUGGGUCCUUCGGCCAGCCUGUGCUAUAUCAGGGCCCGGGGAAAGAUGCAGCCGACGAAGCUUUCCAUAUUUCAAUAGGAUGGGCUCUGAAUCUCCAAGUAGAUGAAGCAUCUAACAAAGCUCUGAAAGUGUUUGACGAUGCCGAGUUCCAAUCACUCAAAUCGUGGAGGAUUCAGGUGCCUGGAGUCAAGGUCAAGAUUGGUAACGUUGUAAGCCAUCUGCCAUUGUCUACGGGU